GUUUCUCUUUUGGUCAAAUUUUGUCCAUAAACUCAUUUUUUCCCCCAAGCCUUGGGAGAAAUUAUUAUAAAAGAAGUUAAAUGUUAUCAAGAGUUGUUAAUUCCAUGUUGAGAUUUUGCUAGCCACUCAAAGAUAUAUAUACAAGUUGUAGUUUAUCUUCUACAAAACCUAAUUAUAUCGAUGCUGAUGAAGAACGAUAUAUGAUAUACAUAUCAUGAAUUCAUCGAGUGGAAAUAAUUUUGAGACGAAACAAGAAUCAAAUAAUGAUAGUAGAUUGGCCUCAAAGACGACUAGUGCACCACCAUCGAGUACUUCAAGGCAAUGGGGAGCUAAUAAAAACCCAAGAAUAGUACGCGUAUCGCGUACUUUUGGAGGGAAAGAUAGGCAUAGUAAGGUGUGCACCAUAAGGGGGCUUAGAGAUCGAAGAAUUAGACUAUCAGUUCCAACUGCAAUUCAAUUGUAUGAUCUACAAGACAGGCUUGGCCUGAGCCAACCUAGUAAAGUUGUAGAUUGGCUCUUAGAAGCGACUAAACUUGAUAUCGAUACUCUUCCUCCACUUCCUGUACCACCUGAGUACUUCACUCGGUUUCAACAACCAUCUCAUGAAGAGUUCUCUGAUGUCCGUGCUCAAUGGUUGAACGCGAACACAUCUUAUUUGGAACAUGGGAGGAACAAGUCAAUCGCUUCAAAUGAGGAAUCAAAUCAAGAGGAUAAUAUGUUUACCUUAGGAAAUCAACGAUCAUCUAAUUUACCAGGCAUGCCUUUCAAUUCUUAUAACUAUCAAUGGGAUCAUCAGCCUAAUUCGAAUUUGUCUUUAGGUCAUUUUGGACAUAAUCAUUCAUUUUCAUCCCAAAUAGAUGAUGAUCAAUCUCAUCAAAAUACUAGUUUCCCUCUAUCUUUGGGAUCAUCAUCUUCGCCUUUUCCCUCGAGUUCUCAAUUGUAUUUCAAUCCAAUAACAACAACAUUUCAACCUAUAGUUCCAUCUCCUAACUAUAUAACAAAUCAUCAUCCCAUUGAGAGUCAUGAUCCAAGGGCUAAUAUGAACCAUUUCAAUUUCUUAAGCUCAACUACUUCACACAAUAAUCAACUUGUGAUGCCAACUCUUAAUUUGAUUAGUUCCCAAAUGAAACCCUUUAGUCUCAAUAAUGAUCCUAGAUGGAUGAGUUCCAGAGAUGAUGAAGAUGACGAUGAUGACGAUGAUGAUGAUGAUAAUCAACCACAUGAAGGUCGCGCAAUUUGAUUCUAAGCCAAGUGGAGGAAAUGAAUCUUCGUCUUUACUUCAAAUAUUUUGAAUUAAAGUUGUUGUCCUGGAUUAUAAUCAUGCUACAUUAUUCCUUCUUCACAGGUACAACAAAUAAUUAAAGUGAAUCAUUCUAUUUCUUAUACCAUAUAGGUUUAUAAAGUUUUAAUCUCUAUUCUGAAA